AUGCAGCAGGAAGGUCCGGCGGUAAGUGGCGUCCAACAGAAUCCCGGAGGGCCCCGUUCCGCAGCCAUGCCGCCUCCCAUGGGCAGUCACCCUGGUCCGAACGGUAAUCGUGGCGGGCCUAUCUUGCCUUUCGAGUACGGCCCUGAUGCUGGCCCGUAUAGAGAUCAAGUCGAGGUCUCCCAGGAGUUGGUACCGAUGGUCAUUGGGAAGCGAGGCGCUACCAUCUCAACUAUGAAGCAGCAGACGGGAGCGAACAUAUACGUAGUGACUGGGUCGGACAUUGGAGACCAGUCGACUCGUGAACAAGGUUAUAGCAUCUUCUUCGUUGAUGCACAGACUGAGGAGCAGUUGCAGGCCGCAGUUGAUGCCAUUCGGGAGAAGGUAUCCCCACUUGAGCCUAAGGAAGGCGAGAUCCAAAAAUUCUUUGAAAUUCCGGACCACAAAGUCCCGGAGGUUCUCGGACCACAGGGAAUCGCGUUGGCAAGGAUCAAGGAGCGAUCGGGAGCCCGACUAGAAAUCAAGGCCAUCCUACCGACGGAUUACCACGGCCCGGCUAAGAAUAUGCCCAGGACUGUCAACUGUGUUGGCACUGAGGAAGCUGUGAGCAAAUGUGAGGAGCUCGUCAACAAGGUCGUAUCGGGUACGGUCACUUGCGCGGACUUGAUCUCUGAAUACGAAGUUGGGCACCCAGAGGUCCGAUCUCAGAAGAGACUCAGCUCCUCUCUACCCUAUGACGAUACGAAGCGUCGUAGAAUGGACUAUGGCGAGUAUCAAGGAGGCUAUGAUAGCUCCUAUAACGCUGGCUACCAGCGCGGUGGGGGGCCGCCAGGUGGUGGGUAUGGCGGUCGCGGACCCAUGAAGGGCGGAGGAAAGGGUGGCUGGAGCGAAAGCCCUGCUGACUCCUGCAUGCUCGAAGUCCCCUCUAGUGGUGUUGGAGCUAUCAUUGGUCGUGGUGGCGAGAUUAUCAACCAGUUGAAAGAGGAUGGGCGCUGCGACAUACAGAUCUCCAAGAGCGGAGGUCCCUACCGAGAAGUGUCCAUCCAGGGACCAUAUGACGGUAUCUUGACUGUGGUUGGAUUCAUCAACGAGAGACUGGCGGGUGCUCACACAGUGAAGUCGAUGCCAGCCAAUGGGCUCCCCCCUUAUCUAUUUGGUAGUGGAGGUGGCCCCAGUGGCCCUGGCAUGGCCCCUCGUGGAGGUCCUCCCAUGAGUGGUGGUCCUGGAAGAAUGGGUGGUGGUCCGCGGCCUUAUAUGCAGCAGAGUUCCCCUCCUCCCCGUUCCUAUGGCAGCAAGCGGCGAGUCGACCUCCCCAGUGAGUACGGUCGGAAACGUCCAAUGACAAGGCGCCGCGUAGAGAAGCGAACUAGACUUACAACCAUAUGA